AUGGAGCGCGAUUUUGAACUGGAAGAAGUCAACAAACCGAAAGGUAGCGGUCUUCUUUACUGUGGUCAGCCUUUCAGAACCGAAUUGAUUACAACCACGAAGCACUUUAGCUUCACACAUCUGACCGUCCAAGAAUUCUUGGCCGCUCGUUGGUUUGUAAGGGAAAAUCGUGUUCCCGAUGCGAAAUGCUCUGAAAUGGUUUACCAAUUCAUGGCUGGCCUUUUCUCACGUGACGCAAACGAGGAAAUGAUGGAAAAAUUGAUAGAUUCACCCUUUAUGCCUCCUUAUCUUAGAAUGAGGUGUCUUAAUGAGUAUCGAAACAAAGAAUUCGCUAAACAGUUCUUGAGGGAGAAUCCCCGAGCGUUUUGUAAUUCGCACGGUGUCAUGGAUUUAGCUUGUUACUCAGAUGUAGACUGCAUUACGGUAUCAUUUGUAUUGGACAUUAUCAGUGAACUAAAUGAAGAGGAAGCUGGAGAGGCACAACACAAGUAUACCGAUAAGUUUGUCACAGUUGAGAGGUUAGGACUUUUCGGACCACGUCUAACACUGUCUGGAAUACAACGAGUCUUUAAUUCACUGAAGAAUGAACACUGUCUUGUGUCUGAACUUAUAUUAUCUUACAUUAACUGGAGUGUUGAACAUGUUGAUUUUAUUAAUCGAUUAUUGGUAAGGAAGUUAACCACACUAAGUCUGAAUGAUAUUAAGAUCACCGAUACCGGUGUUGCCAGGCUAUGUGAAGCUUUACAGCAUCCAAGCUGUGAGCUAACUACGCUAAAUCUGAUUUCUAGUGGGAUCAAUGAUACCGGUGUUGCCAGUAUAGGUGAAGCUUUACAGCAUCCAAGCUUUAAGCUCACCACACUAAACCUGGGGUUUAGUGAGAUCACUGACACCGGUGUUGUCAGUCUAUGUGGAACUUUACAGCAUCCAAGCUGUAAGCUAACCACACUAUAUCUUGAGGGUAAUAACAUCACUGAUACCGGUAUUGCCAGUCUCUCUGAAGCUUUACAGCAUCCAAACUGUAAGCUAACCACUCUAUGUAUUUCGUUUAGAGGGAUCAGUGAUACCUGUGUUCCCAGUUUAUGUGAAGCUUUACAGCAUUCAAGCUGCAAGCUAACCGCAUUAAGUAUGCUCUGUAAUUUGAUCACUGAUACCAGUGUUGCCUGUCUAUGUAAAGCUUUACAGCAUCUAAACUGUACGCUAACCACUCUACGUAUGCAACAUUGUGAGAUCACUAAUAUCGGUGUUGCCAGUCUAUGUGAAGCUUUGCAGCAUCCGAGCUGUAAGCUAACCACACUAGAUCUGGAGGAUACUGACAUCACUGAUAUCGGUGUUGCCAGUCUAUGGUCAUUGGCUUUUAGUUAA